AUGGCAGGAUUCAGCAACUUACCAUCCGAGCUUAGGCGCCUGAUUUGGAACUUGAGUCUGCCGCGUCGCGCUUUGACCUUAGAUGUUCUGCUCGAAUCUGAGUCUCAUAAUUGGGAUGCUGGACUUCCGAUCAAAGCGCUUGUUUAUUUCGAGCGCUCGCGCCAACCUGGGGUCUUUAAUGCACAACAACAGCAGGUAGAACGUAUCAAUUCCAUAUGUACAGACUCUCGAUCAGUAGUUUUGUGGCGUCAUGUGAACCAGAUACAGCUAUAUGACAGAACGCAACCAGGGGCUCAACGAUCGAAAUGGAUAAGGUGCAAUUUGAAACAAGAUACAUUUAUUGCUGGCCAGUUUUCAAGCACAUUACGCCAGAAACUCGGCCAUUACACAAUACCCCAGGGGUCACUGGGAUCGAUGACGAUGGACUUGGUCCAACAGCUGCAAUGUAUCAGAACCCUUGUAAUUGAUCAGAACCAACAAGAGACAGAUAUCAUCGGGAUGGUCAGAGCCGAUGGCGACACCCUGGGCAGGAUUACUCCGGAGUUAGUUGGUUGCAUCCAUGUGAUGAAGAAUCUCCGCGUGUUGGUUGUCACAGAGGGGUGUUGUAACAUGUUGCGUAUAACAAAAGCAAAAGCAUUGAGUGUCGCUGCAAGAAGAGCAAUAAUAGCGGAAAAGGACACCCUCAAUGUGGCCGGAGACUUCGGAGUCUCGAAUCAACAACCAACAAACAUUAUCUUACUCUGUACGGAGUACAACCCAUGGUCUCAAGGGUGCAGGGGCCAAAAACUUUCUAAGCGAGAUACCCCCAUCUUCGUCGAUCUUGAAAUCGAGCCCGUUGUGCGGCGUAAGCAUUGA